AUGGGGACUCCAGAAGCAAAGUAUGCUGCAUUUGAGGAGAAGGUCAAACGAACUGUUUACCUCGAUAACAUCUCACCACAGGUCACUGAAACUGUUGUGAGAACUGCUCUUUCACAGUUUGGGACUGUGAAAAAUGUUCAGUUCAUUCGAAAUUACUUGGAAUCAAGGAACAUCCCGCAGUGUGCACUGGUGGAGAUGGAAAACCUUAGACAGGCUGAUGUUAUUGUCUCAGAGUUAGCGCAAUUGCCUUUCAUGAUGUCAGGGAUGCCGAGGCCCGUGAGGGCACGUCGUGCUGAAGUGGAGAUGUUUGAUGAUCGCCCUGCAGAGCCUGGAAGAGGGAUAUUUUGUCGUUGGUUGGAGCCAAAUGAUCCGGAUUUUAAAGUGGCACAAGAACUGAAGCAUCUUACUCGAAACCAUGCUGCUGAAGCGUCAUUUGUGCUCAAGCAACAACUCCAGGAAGAGGAGAAUCUUGCAAAGCAGCAGAACGAGGCUCUUCAAGCAAAUUAUAAGAAGUAUGACAUGUUAGAUAGGGUAAUAGCUGAUGGGACUGUUCAAUGUUUGGCAAGUCAUUAUAAUAUACGACAAGCAGAUGACUGA